GCGCGGGCGCCUGCGCGAAGGAGCACGCAUGCGCAGAGGGGAGAGCCCGCUGACAGAUUCUCGGUGGCGGCGGCGGCGGCGGCGGCAGCGGCCCUGGACUGCGGGGAAUGGGAAUCCUACGUCCCUGACUGAGCACCUCCCCCGCCUCCCUGCCCCCGACAUGGCUCAGGAGAAGAUGGAGCUAGACCUGGAGCUGCCUCCGGGUACGGGCGGGAGCCCGGCGGAGGGCGGCGGCAGCGGCGGCGGCGGGGGCCUCAGGAGGUCUAACAGCGCCCCCCUCAUCCACGGCCUCAGUGACACUUCGCCGGUGUUCCAGGCCGAGGCGCCGAGCGCCAGGCGGAACAGCACAACGUUCCCGAGCCGCCACGGCCUGCUGCUACCGGCCUCCCCUGUCCGCAUGCACAGCAGCCGCUUGCACCAGAUUAAACAAGAAGAGGGCAUGGACUUGAUCAACCGAGAGACGGUCCACGAGCGGGAGGUGCAGACCGCAAUGCAGAUAAGCCACUCCUGGGAGGAAAGUUUCAGCCUGAGUGACAACGACGUGGAGAAAUCCGCCUCCCCCAAGCGCAUCGAUUUCAUUCCUGUGUCACCAGCACCGUCACCCACUCGGGGAAUUGGGAAGCAGUGUUUUUCGCCAUCCUUGCAAAGUUUUGUAAGUAGCAACGGAUUGCCUCCAAGCCCUAUUCCCAGCCCAACGACCCGAUUUACCACCCGGAGAAGCCAGAGCCCUAUCAAUUGCAUUAGACCAAGUGUUCUUGGACCAUUGAAAAGAAAAUGUGAAAUGGAAACUGAAUAUCAGCCAAAGAGAUUUUUCCAGGGCAUCACCAACAUGCUUUCUUCUGACGUUGCACAGCUUUCAGAUCCUGGUGUGUGUGUAUCUUCGGAUACCCUUGAUGGAAACAGCAGCAGUGCCGGAUCUUCUUGUAACUCACCAGCGAAAGUCAGCACUACCACCGACUCUCCUGUGUCACCUGCCCAAGCGGCUUCUCCAUUUAUUCCACUAGAUGAACUUUCGUCUAAGUGAUUCAUUCAUCUUGAGACUCUUUUAGCAGUGGAGAGAGAGAAUAAUCAAGUUGGAGCAAGCACUGAACUUUGUCGAUUAAUUUGAGGCUAUUUCCUAUUUGACCCCUUUUCUUUUUUGAAAUUUCCUGAAAUGAUGUUAUUCUAGAGAACUUCUAUGUCAGGUUCCUGCGGAUACCCUUGAAUUCAGUGUAGUAAUAUUUUCAGACGUUUCCCCAAUAAGUGUUUUGAAGCAUACAUCUUUACGCUGCUAAUAUGUCUAAAUACAUGUUAUCCCUUGAUUUUUUUAAAUAAUUGAGAGCUCUAUUUAUUUAUGGGAUUAUUAAGUUCUGAUGAAAAUAUAAAUGUUGACUUAUUCAGCAUAGUAAACUGAUGUUUAAAAUUUCAUACUUCAUGCCCACACUAAUUUUUAAUGCUAUUUUCAGUGGUUGCCAUUUUCCAUUUGAUGAAGAACGAUAACUUGACUAUACAGCUUUUAAAUACUUUAGUUAUAUCAAUCUAGUAGUUGUCUGUUUUACCCAGGAUUUCUUGGAUAUUUAGUUUUCUGGUUACAGAAGUGGAUGGGAGGGUAAAUGAUUAAAGAACAAAUUAUAAAUUUUGCAACAAAUCCUUUCAAAUUAAGUAUAAAAGUAAACAUUUAAGAAAAACAUUUUUAAUGAAAUUUUAAUAGUAAUUCUAGUCAGACAAAUACACUAUAGAGAAAGUAAAAAUUUUCUUUUUCUUUUUUUAACCAGAGAGUGCAUUUGCUUGGGUGUAAUCCUAAAGUGAAAUGGGGCAGUGCCUUGCAGUCUUUGCCCACUGUACAUAGGCUGAGGCUAGGCUCUUUGUACUACUGAAACUUAAAAAGUUUUGAAAUGUAGAAAAUGUGUGGGAAGGCUUGUUGAACUUCGGGGCACCCAGGUAAACAAUACUCUCUCAAUUGUUGAUAUACUUUAAAAUACUCAGUUGUGCUUCAGUUCCAAAAAUGAUUGCCAACCAGGAGCCAGGGCAAUUUUUGGCUGCUUUUCUGCUCUACCCAUCUGUCACCUUACUGGUUUUCCCUUGUUCAGGAAGAAAGCAGCUGUUUCCUUGCCAACAGGUCCUUCCUCUCCAUCUCCCACCAAACUAGGGCAUCAUUGAUUAGACAAAGGUACAGUGUAACUUGGAUCUCUGACAGCAACAACAGGACUGUGAAUUGUUUAACCUCUGUGGUUAAAGCUGCAGCUUGGUUGUCUGCCUUGGGGAUGUCGGUGAAUUAAGGGAUGAUGAUUUGCAAGGGAAAAUCAGUGGAGAGUCACAUAGGUAAUUCUUAUUAACUUAGGUUUUGCUAAAGGCAGAAUAGUGGAAUGUUCUUUUCUUUGCCUUUACAAUUAAGACAAAAUAUUUAAUAAGAAUAGCAAAUUGUUUUAUAUUAUGCUUCCUUAUACCUCAUAUAUCUUCCUUAACUAGAUAGUUUUACAGAAAGAAUGGCAUACAAAGAGUAAAGGGGAAAAAUAACUCAGAACAACAACAAAAAAGCUCUGACUUUUUAAAGUUACUUACGGAGACUAACAAUUUUGUGGAAUUUUUACAACUAUGAGAAUAAAUGGAACUGGUCAACUCUUGACAGUUGCCUCAAGAUGGAGUGAAAUUACAUCGAGGGUAAGACUGUCCACAGGUUUCAAAUUCUCUCUGGUUAAUAGUGUUCAUGUGCUCCCAUUCUCGACCUUGUUCUUUAAAUUUAAACUUAAAUAUUCUGACUUCUUGUUGAGUACCUUGCCCUGCUUCCAGAGGUAUUUGAACUUCAUUGUCUUCAACACAGAAGCGGUUACUUUUCUCAGUUCACCUGUUCUUGCAUUAUCACAAUUGAUGUCAUCACUAAUAUCCUAAGCUAGAAACCAUGGAAGCCUCUGACUUUUCCUUUUCUCUGUUGGAUUAGCUUAAUCACCAAGUCCUGUCAACUUCUGAAAUGAAUCUCAAAUUUCUUACCUUCUCUUAUCUGUUGCCCCUGAUUUUGCUUAAGUUUCAGCCUGUCUUCUGUCUCCUUUUGGUUCAAUCUUCAUACUACCUCUUGAGUAAUCUUUCUAAAAUUUAAACUUGAUGUGUUUUCACUCUCUUGCUUGAAAACCUCUUUAAGGAAUGGUUUCUUUAGCCUAAGAUAGAAGGUCCUUUAUGAUCUGGCUGUAUUCUGAAAUAGCUCCAAUCCUCUCAUCUCUGUCCCAGUAUACAUCUUCUUUCCUUCUUAUGCUGCAAACGCUAGACCACUUGAUAUUCUUCAAGUAUGUCAUGUACUUUCAUGUGUCUGUGCCCUGGGAUAGAUUUUUCCUUCUCCCUAAAAUGCCAUUCCUGUCCUUUUCAGGCAGGUAAAUUACACAUGAUUUUAAGUAUGAAGGCAAUGUAUACCUACUGAUUAUAAAAUAUUUAAACAAUGUACAUAUCUAUGUGUGUGUGUUUUUUUUUUAAGUCUGCUUUUAACUGUAAAAUUCAUUUUUCCUCUCCACAGGUAACUUCUGUUAACAAUUUGGUAUAUAUUGUACAAGGCGUGUUACUGGCAUUUCCAUGUAUAUAUGUAUAUAAAUGCAGGAAACCAACAUGUCAUUGACACCUCUCUUCUUUUCUUUCCGCCAUAUCUAGUCAUUCCUCAAGUCUGACUGAUUUUUAUCAGCUAGAAUCUAUCUCCUUACUUCUACUUCUGUUGCCACCCUGAUCCAGGCUACCAGCAUUUCACUCUUAGGCUUCUGAAGCAACUACCUAACUCCCACUUGUGCCCAUCACACUCGGUUGUCCAUCCACCUUCCAUACAGCAAGUAGAGUCAUCCUUUUGAAAUUGCGGCACUGAUCCAUCUCCCAGCUGAAAGCUUUUCAUUUUUUUCCUGUUGUUCUCAUGAGUAUGCCAAAAUGUAUGUAUUCUGGGCUAGGAGGCCCUGAGGAACUUGGUCCUUCCCUCUUCUUGUUUUCUGUGCUUCACCCUGUCUUGCUUUUCUUUUCCUUAAAUAUAUCAUGUUCUCACCUAUUUUAGAUCCUUUUCCUUGAAGGUAUGGAAACAUUUAUUUCUGUAAGCUUAUUCUAUAUAGUUGGUAAGUUUUUAAAUCAGAUGAGGUUCUAAGGGUAUAUGGACAAUUUACAUGAUCAUAGUAUUGUUCAUAACUUCAUUCUGUAGAAUGUAAGGGCUUAUUUAGCUCGUGUGAGAAUUAUCCUUCAAAAAGCAUUUUUAAAGUAUUAGUAUUGCUAAUCUGUAAACUUUGUGCAAGAAGCCCUAAAGCCAAUAGCAACAUUUACUUAAAGUACAGUUUGUCACAUGUAAUAAACCUCUGGUAUAUUUUCCUUUGUUGUGCACACAGUGUAAAUGGGAGAAAUAAUUAAGGAUCGUUAAAUCCAAGGCUGCUGGAUGUUAGGACCCUUAAGCGUACUUAAAAGAUUGAUUGUAAUCAAGAGUAACUUGUAUCAGGUUGCCUUCCAGUGAUUCACAUUUAUUAGUUCAACAAGUUACAUACCUAUAGCAAGAGACCACUUUACUUGGCAAUAAAAUUGGGGAAAGAAUCAAGACUUAAAUGA